GGUGCAUUGUGGGCGAUUUCAUCUGCUCUGAGGAACCAAAAUGGCGUCAAGUUUGAUUGUGAGUUUGGCUGUUCUGGGCUGUUUGUCGGUGUUAGGCUGUGCCGGGGACGAACAGAACAAGGGAAGGGGCUUUGGUGACAACUUUGCCUGGGUGGACUUUGAGAGUGGCUUGCAAGAAGCAAAAGAAACGAAAAAACCUCUGUUGCUGCUGAUCCACAAGUCCUGGUGCGGAGCAUGUAAAGCCUUAAAGCCCAAAUUUGCUGCAAGUAAACAGAUCCAGGACCUGAGCAAGCACUUUGUCAUGGUUAAUGUUGAGGAUGAUGAGGAGCCCCAUGGAGAAGAGUACACCCCCGAUGGAGGAUACAUUCCCAGGAUCCUUUUCAUGGACCCAGAGGGCAAAGUGAGGAGAGACAUAGUGAACAUGAACGGCAACCCCAGCUACCGCUACUACUACCCAGACCCCAUUCAAGUGGUAGACGCCAUGAAACUCGCACUGGAGAAGAUCGCGCCCGACACUCUUAACGCCCAGCAUCCUGAUGAACUCUGACCUUGCUCGGAACCCUGGGAUACAUAGGGAGAGCAUCAUGGGAUAUUUGCUUUGUUUUCCAUUGUCAUGAGGUUCCAACACACAGCAGUAUGUACUUAACAUACAAGGGUUUGCCUGUACAUAGCAGCACAUAGACUUUAUUUUAGGACUUGGCCAAGGCCUCACCAAUUUGAUAACUUGAUUGUUAAAAGUAGGAAAUCAAAGAUUGAAGGGAAGAAAAAUCAAGCCUUAUGAGAUAAAGGCUUUACCAAUGAAAGUGGUCCAUUGCACAAAAAGUACAGUAUUGUCAGCUGAAGGGUAUAUUACCUGGAAGUUGGAACAAAUUUUGACCACCAUAGCAAAAUUUUGUUUGGAAAAAUUGAUUCCACUUUAAACAAAGUUAGGAAAAAAUGUUAAAACAUUCUUGCUUCUAUAAGGAUUAACCAAUUGGCACAAAAUAUAAUUGAUACAGGGAGUGGCAACAGUUAAGAGGUUAAGGAUCUAUUUGGUCAAUCCAUUCCUUUUGGAAAUACAUGUACUUGAACAAAAAAAUCAAAGAUGAACACUGUUUUGGAAGGAUGAAGUAAUAAGAUUGGUGUGGCUUUAGUCGUCUAUGUUUCUUUGACAAAAGUGGCCUUGGUGAAAACGGGGGAAAGCAUGAUUUGAACUUGUGUGAUAACUUACCUGUGUGUUAAGCAUGGCAUUAUUCCUGUAGCCAAUCCAUACUUUAGAUCUCUUUUAUUUUAAGAAUCGCCCAUAUGUGAAUGGUGACAUCUCUUGCAACUGUAGAGAAAAUGUAUAUAGUGCACAUAAAAUGAUAUUUGGUGCUUUACAAAUUAUGCAGCUGCAGUGCUUGAAUGUUAAUAGGAUGGACAGACAACGGACACAAUUUUUAUGCAAUGUAAACAAAGUAGAUGCUGUGAACAAAAACAUGAAACUUGACCAUUUCUUAAAGUAUGUCUGUGGUGAAGAACACAUUUCUGUUAACUUUUGUCUCUCUUCUUACAGCCAAAGAACAAUAUGUUACGCCAGCAGAAGCUUUUGAAAAGCUACCCAAACCUUCUGUAACAGUAAUAGACUAUAAAGAUUUGGGAUACUCAAUAUAUUGGUUGGAGGUUCUAUUGAUUGUACAGUAAAGCAAUUUCUUUGCACUUUCAAUAUGUAUUAUCAACCUAUGGUUAAGGAAAGCACUUUUGUCAGCAUUUUAGAAAGUAUUUCUACACGUGGUCAGUGUACAUGUACACUAGAUGGUCUUCUGAAAUGUCACAUUGACAUAGACAAUCUAGAAUCUCCUGCCCCCCUCCCCACAAAAAAUACAGGAACUUGUAGCCAACUUGAGUUGUUUUAAUCUGUCCUUCAGAACUGUUUUAGUGAACUACAGAUUACCCUUUCUACUUCUAAUGUCUUUAUUGCAAGCCGGAUUGUAGACAAAUCACCACAAAAUGAAGACAAAUGCACACAGAUACAGCUGUAGUUCACCAGCUAUCCACGGUAAAUUGUUCUAAAGGCCUCAUUUGUCUCUAUAUCAUGUUAGCUGUGCAGUAUCUGUAUGAAAAUGUCAGCCAUUUUGUGCUUGAUGCAUCAUUACAUUGAGAUAACAGAGUUAUUGGGUGACCUUUGGCUUGUAAAGAUGUACCUAUUCCAUGUCUGAUUUGCAUUGGGCUUUGAUUAUCGCUGAUUCUGUCACAGAUUGACAAGAGUUCAAACUGUUAUGGUAUAAAUCAUUUGCUACACACGCAUCUGUAUUCUGACUGAGUGUGUAUCGUUUAAAAUUCUGACUUUAUCAUUAAGCAAUAUCUUCUGCUUUUGUUAUGCAGAUUUUUAUAAAAGAACACUGAACGAUUAUGUGAAAACCAACUGCACCUACCUUGUACAUGUAGGAUAUUUCUUUGUAAUUGUUACCAGUAAUUACAGUCAUUGAAUAGGGCAUUACUCAGAUUAAGGUACCCCCCCAAUACAGGAAAUUCCACUACUACUGCAGUUGCAUUAUGUAAUCCUACUGUAUCAAUUGUGUAUACGGUAAUCAAAAUAGGUUUUUGAUAAGUUGACUCUUUGAGGAAUCAGCAUUUGUUCAAUAUAGACCUUAUUCUGUGAUAACAGAUCAUUUAAUAUGCACUACUCUGUCUUUUGCCACACUUGCUUGUCUAGCUUUAGAUAACAACAUGAUUUGACUGCAUAUGAGACUAUCAUGACAGAUCAUAUGGUAAGUGAUGUUUUGUAUGUUUUAUGGCUUCUUGGAUAUCUUCUCAGAUAUUUUUGGACCUAUGGCAUUUUAUGAUGGGAAAUAAAAGAGAUUUUGAAAAACAUAA